UGGAGGGGCCGCCGCUGGAUCAGCAGCAGCAGCAGCAGCAGCAGCAGCAGCAGCGCUGGGAAACUUGGCCUCAUAGAGCGGCAGCAGGGAGAGACCCCCUCCCUUCCCCCCAUCAUUCCCACUCCCCGGGGGAUCGACAACCAGGAGUGAUCCAUCGGUGAUCAGCACUGGGGAGGGGGUCCCCGCCUACGUCUCCACCCCACUCGGUCGUGUCUCGGGCGGGAUCCCGGGUUCUAUAAUUAUGUAGUCAUGUUUAAUAUCCGCUUUGGAGGAACAUCACCACCAUGGCUUGGGUCAUGACGUAGCAGUCUUUAAUGACGUGGUCCUACUAUCUACAUCUAUCAAUAUGACUGAUCCCAUGAUGGAUUUUUUUGAUGAUACACACCUUUUUGAUGAGACUUUAGGUCUGUCAGAUGAUGCAUUUGUUCAACACGACUCAGUAUCUCUGGUUGAUGAAUUGAACCUUGGAGCAGAGUUUGAACCUCUCCAUGUUGACUCUUUGAAUCACGUGCAAGAUUCUCAAACCCACCAAAAGAUCAGUGAGUUUGAUACACUCAAUCAGUUUGAUUCUGUAAAAUUACAUCAAGUAAGCCAAUCCUAUAACAGUCCGGUUGAGAGUGUUUUGUCUCCGCGAUCUCCGUUUAGCUGCUCUCCAAUACACACACAAAGUCAAGGCAAUGGUAUGUUUCCUGAUGAUGGAAGUCCCAUGUGGGGACACCAAACUGCCACAAGUAUUCAAAGUCAGAAUGGCUCCCCAUUCCACCAACAUGGACACUCUCAGCCUAUGCCGCAAAGUAAAGGAUUUGUAACACACCAUGAUUUUGCCUUGUUUCAGUCCAGCGAGCAACAGCGGGUCUCAAUACAGCCGCAGCACAAUAGGAACAGUAUCAACACUGGUCAGGAACCCUUGAACCUACCAAAAAACUUCAUGGAUGUUAAUGUUUCUUUACCACAUAGAACUUCUAAUGCCCAACAAACUUCCAUGAUUAACAACACAACUCCACAAGAUCCUUUGCCUUUAGAACAGUUUUCUCAAGUAGCCCCAACAUCCUUGCACUUUUGUGGCAAUUCAGUUGGAACGCCGCACGAGAACACAUUUGAUAGCCACUCUCCAGCGCCUUGCCCUGUGAAUGCUACACCAACGUUUUCUACUCAUUAUCCUUUCUCGAACAAUCACCUAAACCAUGCCACACAUUCUUUGUCAGACUUUACUGAAAGCCCAGGAUUUUCAGAUUUGGAAGUCAAGCAGGAGCCUAGUCCACAUGUUCUGAACCCUAGCGAACAAUUACACCCUAACGAUUUCCAGAUGGUACAUGCUUCACAUCCUCAGGGUAACUACAAUAGAACAAAAAUGUCUCCUAUGACCAUUAAUUUCCAAGCCCAAGAUGGUUCCUCUGUUCGGUUGAGCCACUUCAAUGACCAUAUGGAGAGCAAUGGGUUUUCACCUUUGGAAGACAACCUUUUGCAACAAGUCGAUUCUCAAUCUGAGCCAUUUACAGGGCUUGAUCCAGAGGAUUUGCUACAGGAAGACCUACUGCCACAUUUUGACGCAACAUAUGCCCAAGACAGCUCCAAUUCAACACAUGCUGUGCUAGAGCAUCAUGAUGCAGAGACUUGUGUUGAAGAACAGAUAAAUAUUCCAAAUGAUCUUCUUAACAUCCAGCAACAAGAUCUGCAUCCUAAUCCUUGGAAUACCAUGUCAUCCAAUCAUCUUCAUCUCCAUGAGAGGAGACGUGUGACUUCACAGGGAAAGCCUCCCUGCUCCAAAAAGCUUGAUGGCUCUAGGGCCUACCACAAGCUCCCGAAUUCCAAGGUGAAGUCAGCAUCUGAGAGGCGCCCCAAAAAAAAAACUGACUCUGAGAGCAAACAGGAGAAGGCUAAUCGGAUCAUCUCCGAAGCUAUUGCCAAAGCCAAGGAAAGGGGCGAGAGGAACAUUCCCCGGGUCAUGAGCCCUGAGAACUUCCCUAGCGUCUCCUCUUCAGAGGGCAAGGAGGAAAAACGGGGACGGAAAGCAAAAUCCAAACCCAAGGACAAGGAAAGCAAGAAAACCAAAACUGGUCUGACCUCCAAACUAAAAGACGAGAAGAAAAUUGGCAAAUUAAUAAUUACUCUGGGCCGCAAGCAAAAAAGAAAGAUUGAAUCAUCAGAUGAUAUUUCUGACUCUGAAACAGCUUCACGGACUCUAAAAGAAGAUGAUCCUCAGAAGCGGAGAUCAAACCGGCAGGUAAAGAGGAAGAAAUACGCAGAGGAGGGGGAGGGGAAGCAUUCAGAGGAGGAACCAAAGGCCAAUGUUAAAAACAAGAAGAGUGGCACCCCACUGCCAGCAGAACAGCCUCUGCAAUUGUUUGUGGAGAACCCCAGUGAAGAAGAUGCUGCCAUUGUGGAUAAAAUAUUAUCUUCAAGGACUGUAAAAAAAGAGACUCAGUCCGGGAUGUUGGUUGACGUGGAAGAAUUUUAUGUUAAGUACAAGAACUACUCUUACCUCCACUGUGAAUGGGCCACAGAGCAGCAACUGCUGAAGGAUAAAAGGAUUCAGCAGAAGAUAAAACGUUUCAAGGUCAGACAGGCACAAAGGGCGCACUUCUUUGCUGAUAUGGAAGAAGAAAUGUUUAAUCCAGAUUAUGUAGAAGUAGAUCGUGUGUUAGAAGUUUCCUUCUGUGAAGAUAACGAUACUGGAGAGCCUGUUAUUUAUUAUUUAGUAAAGUGGUGUUCACUGCCAUAUGAAGACAGCACGUGGGAAUUGAAGGAAGAUGUUGACCAGGGAAAAAUAGAGGAGUUUGAGCAACUGCAAGCCAUCCGACCUGAUACUAGGAAAAUGGAUCGACCACCUUCUAACUCUUGGAAGAAAAUCCACCUGUCGCGGGAAUAUAAAACUGGUAAUCAGCUCAGAGAAUACCAACUGGAAGGGCUUAACUGGCUGCUUUUCAACUGGUAUAACAGACGGAACUGUAUUUUGGCAGAUGAGAUGGGCCUGGGUAAAACUAUUCAGAGUAUCACAUUCCUUCAUGAGAUAUUCCUGGCCGGGAUCCAUGGCCCGUUCCUCAUCAUCGCUCCACUUUCCACCAUCACUAACUGGGAACGAGAGUUUCGCACUUGGACAGAUCUCAAUGUGGUUGUGUACCAUGGCAGCAUGAUCAGCCGACAAAUGAUCCAGCAAUAUGAGAUGUAUUUUCGGGACUCCCAGGGUCGUAUUGUCCGUGGGACGUACAAGUUCCAAGCCAUCAUCACCACGUUUGAGAUGAUUUUGGGGGGCUGCCCAGAGCUGAAUGCUAUUGAGUGGAGGUGUGUGAUCAUUGACGAGGCGCACAGGCUGAAGAAUAAGAACUGCAAACUGCUGGAGGGUCUGAAACUCAUGAAUCUGGAACAUAAAGUGCUUUUAACAGGAACUCCUCUGCAAAACACAGUGGAGGAACUUUUCAGCCUACUGCAUUUCCUGGAGCCCCUGCGCUUUCCCUCUGAGUCUACGUUCAUGCAAGAGUUUGGAGACCUGAAGACUGAGGAGCAGGUUCAAAAACUACAGGCCAUUUUAAAACCAAUGAUGCUUCGACGUCUUAAGGAAGAUGUGGAGAAGAAACUGGCCCCUAAGGAAGAGACAAUCAUAGAGGUAGAGCUAACUAACAUCCAGAAGAAGUAUUACAGAGCCAUCCUGGAGAAGAACUUUGCCUUCCUGUCUAAAGGGGCUGGGCAAGCAAACGUCCCCAACCUGGUCAACACCAUGAUGGAACUGCGCAAGUGCUGUAACCACCCUUAUCUCAUUAAAGGUGCUGAAGAGAAGAUUCUAGGCGAGUUCAGAGAAACGCACAAUCCAAUGGCUGCAGAUUUCUACCUCCAGGCCAUGAUCCAAUCUGCUGGAAAGUUAGUCCUCAUAGAUAAAUUACUGCCCAAAAUGAAGGCAGGAGGCCACAAGGUGCUCAUCUUCUCCCAGAUGGUGCGUUGUCUGGACAUAUUGGAGGACUAUCUCAUGCACAAGAGAUACCUCUAUGAGCGCAUUGAUGGGCGAGUCCGAGGAAACCUACGGCAGGCUGCAAUCGAUCGCUUCAGUAAGCCAGAUUCUGAUCGGUUUGUGUUCCUGCUUUGCACCAGGGCGGGCGGCCUGGGGAUUAACCUGACUGCUGCUGACACCUGCAUCAUAUUUGACUCUGACUGGAACCCACAGAAUGACCUCCAGGCCCAAGCUCGGUGUCAUAGGAUUGGCCAGAACAAAGCUGUGAAGGUUUAUAGACUAAUAACAAGGAAUUCCUAUGAACGAGAGAUGUUUGACCGGGCAAGCCUAAAGUUGGGCUUGGACAAGGCUGUUCUACAAAGUAUGAGCGGAAGAGAAAACAGCGUAGGAGGGAUUCAGCAGCUUUCAAAGAAAGAAAUAGAAGACCUUCUGAGGCGAGGAGCAUAUGGUGCCAUCAUGGAUGAGGAGGAUGAAGGCUCAAAGUUCUGUGAAGAAGACAUUGACCAAAUCCUUCAGAGGAGGACUAAGACCAUUACCAUAGAAUCUGAAGGAAGAGGGUCAACAUUUGCCAAGGCCAGUUUUGUAGCUUCUGGCAACAGAACUGACAUCUCAUUGGAUGAUCCGAACUUCUGGCAAAAAUGGGCUAAAAAGGCAGAAAUUGACUUGGAUUCGGCGAGUGGAAGAAAUAGCCUGGUUAUUGACACCCCGAGGAUUCGCAAACAGACCCGGCCCUUCAGCGCCACCAAAGAUGAACUGGCGGAGCUGUCUGAAGCGGAGAGUGAAGGAGAUGACAAGCCCAAGCUACGGAGACCAUAUGAUCGGUCCAGUGGCUAUGGCAGGACGGAGUGCUUCCGUGUUGAGAAGAACCUGUUGGUCUAUGGGUGGGGAAGAUGGAGAGACAUACUGUCACAUGGCCGCUUCAAGAGGCAGCUAAAUGAGCAGGACGUUGAAAUAAUCUGUCGAGCUUUGCUGGCUUAUUGCCUGGUGCACUACAGGGGAGAUGAAAAGAUCAAAAGCUUCAUCUGGGACCUCAUCACGCCAACUGAAGAUGGUCGGACGCGGGAGUUACAGAACCAUCUUGGCCUGUCUGCUCCAGUACCCCGGGGCAGGAAGGGGAAGAAGGUAAAGACCCAGACUAGUACCUUUGACAUCCACAAGGCUGAAUGGCUGCGGAAAUAUAACCCAGAACACCUCCUACAAGACGACGGGUAUAAAAAGCACUUAAAGCAUCACUGCAACAAGGUUCUGCUGAGGGUGAGAAUGCUGUAUUAUCUCAAGCAGGAAGUGAUUGGUCCUCACAGCAAAAAUGUUCUUGAUGGAGUGGAUGUCCGUGAAAUUGAUUUACGGGUUCCAGAGCCCGAUCAUUCAGAGUUACCAGUAAAUUGGUGGGAUGCAGAUGCGGAUAAGUCGCUUCUCAUUGGCGUGUUUAAGCAUGGCUAUGAGAAAUACAACACUAUCCGGGCGGAUCCAGCUCUUUGCUUCCUUGAACGGGCUGGCAAGCCAGACGAAAAAGCUGUUGCUGCAGAACAGAGAGCUAAUGAUUAUAUUGACGGUGAUGUUGAAGAUCCUGAGUACAAACCUGCUCCUGCCUUAUUUAAAGACGACAUGGAGGAUGAUGCCUCGUCUCCUGGUGAUCUAGUUAUAGCAGAUGGAGAUGGACAGGGUCAGGAAGGAGACAAAGGCUACUGGCCCACACAGUCCACACUGACCACCCGCUUGCGGAGGCUUAUAACCGCAUUCCAACGCACUUCCAAGUUUCGGCAGAUUCAGCAAAUCCCACCCAUGUUUCCCAUUCACACAACUGUAACACAACAAGCACCUUACGAAGAGGUUUCUCUCAAUCCGAAAGUGGCUGCAAAAAUUGAAAGACAGCAGAGGUGGACCCGAAGGGAGGAAGCUGACUUUUACAGAGUAGUCUCAACAUUUGGCGUAGUAUUUGACCCAGGAAGAGGUCAGUUUGAUUGGACCAAGUUUCGAGCAAUGGCAAGACUUCAUAAGAAAACGGACGAGAGUCUUGAGAAGUACCUCUAUGCCUUUAUAGCAAUGUGCCGGAGGGUGUGUCGGCUGCCUUCUAAAGAAGACUUAGCAGAGUCCCCCAUCUCUAUCCAGCCGAUCACAGAAGAGCGAGCCUCCAGAACGUUGUACCGUAUUGAGCUUCUGAGGAAGGUGCGCGAACAAGCUAUCCGCCACCCACAGCUGUUUGAACGCUUAAAGCUCUGCCAGCCUAGCCCUGAUUUACCGGUAUGGUGGGAAUGUGGCAGUCAUGAUAAGGAUUUGGUAAUUGGAGCUGCUAAACAUGGUGUAAGCAGAACUGACUAUAACAUUCUGCGGGAUCCAGAACUUUCCUUUAUGGUGUCUCAAAGGAAUUAUAACCAGAAUAAAGGGACCUCCUCUACUCCGCUUAUAGCCCAGUCAAACCAACUGCUGUUGUCAACAUCUCCUCUUACUCCUCAAUCAAGGACGCAGGAUAUAAAAGGGAGCCCAAACGAUGAGGUCAGGGUUAGAGAUGAUACUGUAAAGGAUGAGACUUCUUCUUUUAAGGAAGAGUCUGCAAAAAUGAAAGUAGAGGAAGUUAGUCUCAUCAAUGGUCCAUUGCUUCACACUGGAGAACACAAGUCAACCAUUAAGUCGGAGGCGAGCAGGCGUAUGGUGGCAGCAAGGACUGAGCCACUAACUCCUAAUCUAACUUCCAAGAAACAGAGAAUCAGCAAGCGAGGGUCAGCCUCCAGUUCAGGCUCUGAUUCUGACUCGAACCGAUCGUCUUGUUCAUCCAGAUCUUCCUCUUCCUCAUCUUCUUCCUCCUCCUCUUGCUCGCGUUCAGGAUCCAGCUCUUCCUCUUCUUCCUCUUCAUGUUCAUCAUCCUCAUCGUCUUCCUCCUCUUCUUCAUCCUCGUCAUCUUCAUCUGAGGACAGUGACAGUGAUGGGGAUGUGCAGAAAAGUGAACGAGUGCCGCAUGUAAAAGCCUAUGAUGAAGAGAGUGUGGCCUCUAUGAGUACCAUACAGGAUGAAACUCAGGACAGCUUCCAGUUAGACAAUGGAACACCUAACUCUAACUACCUUGUACAAGGGGGAUAUCUGUUUGCUGCUGCCCAUUGGCCAAAGGAUCGAGUGGUAAUCAACAGACUGGACAGUAUUUGCCAGGCAGUAUUGAAAGGAAAAUGGCCCACUACCCGAAGAAACUAUGAUGGUACCAGUGUGGCAUCUUUCUAUACCACCAAACUACUGGAUAGCUCUGGGGCUGCCAUGGAGUACAGUGAGCCAAGUCCACAGGUGGCCACCUGCGUUGCCAUCAAGGAAGAACCCAACCAAUUGCCACAGAUGUCAAAGGUGAAGAAGCAUGUACAAGAAAAGGAGUUUACAGUGAAAAUCAAUGACGAAAGUGGCUUAAAAUUGACAUUUCAAAAGCAAGGGAUACCACAGAAAAGGCCGCUGGACAGUGAGGAAGGAAUGGGACAGCAGCAAUAUUUGGCUCGACUGCAAGAUCUCCAGAAUGCAUCAGAGACUAGUCUUGUAAACUUUCCCAAAUCUACUGCAGCUUUAGGUACAUCCAGUAUGGUGCCUCCAAGUGACAACAUGAAUGGCAUAUUGACAGAAACGCAACCGGUUGUCAAGAAAAGAAGAGGUAGAAGGAAGAAUGUGGAAGGAGUGGAUAUUCUAUACAUGAACAGAAAUAAGACACUUAAUCAUGUCAACCCAAUUGCCUCUCCCUCCCUGCCACAGCCUGCAACAUGCCCCCAGGUGCACUUGGGCCCCCAACGAGCAUUGGAUGCAGACAGCCCUGUAUCGGUCAUUAACUUAAAGGAUGGCACAAGGCUUGCGGGAGAUGAUGCCCCAAAAAGGAAGGAUCUAGAGAGCUGGCUAAAAGCGCACCCCAAUUAUGUGGAAGAUCUGGGUGCAUUUAUCCCUAGGAUGCAGCUUCAUGAAGGUAGGCCUAAGCAGAAACGGCACCGCUGCAGGAAUCCCAACAAGCUGGAUGUGAACAGCCUUACAGGAGAGGAGCGUGUUCAGCUGAUCAACAAGAGAAAUGCCAGGAAGGUUGGGGGUGCAUUUGCUCCUCCUCUGAAAGACCUGUGUCGCUUUCUGAAGGAAAAUCCAGAAUACGGAGUGGCCCCCGAGUGGGGAGAUGUUGUAAAGCAAUCUGGUUUUCUCCCAGAUAGCAUGUUUGAUCGCAUCUUGACUGGCCCUGUGGUGCGUGAGGAAGUGAGCAGAAGAGGGAGGAGGCCGAAAAGUGAGAUUGCCAAAGCCGCAGCUGCCACAUCUGCAGGCAGCUCUGGGAAUGUGACCUCACUGAUAGCAAAUGGCCUGAUCCCAGGUAUGGAUCUAGCCAGCUACCAAGCACUACAGCAGAACUUCCAGAGCCUCCAAUCUCUACAGUUGACAGCUGGAUUAAUUGGUUUACCUGCAGGACUCUCAGCAUCUGGUGGGGAUGCAAAAAACAUGGCCGCCAUGUUCCCUAUGUUGUUGUCCGGUAUGGCUGGAUUACCCAAUCUGUUGGGUAUGGGAAACCUGUUGAAUAAGUCUUCAGACCCUUGUCCUGAGGGGAAAGAGAAGAACUGCACAAAUGACUGCAAAGAAACUGAGAACAACAGCGAGAGGACGAUAUCUCCUGCCAGUGACAAACCCAAGCAAAACUCUAGCCCUCCUUCCACAUCAAUGGGAACUGCACUGCGAGCAGGCUCCUUAUCGCUCAACCCACUGUUGUUACCCAAUAUAAUCUACCCAGGGAUGCUCCUCACUCCAGGCCUUAAUCUUCACAUCCCAGCUGUGUCCCAGCCUAAUGUUUUCGAUGUACAAAAUACUAAAAAAGGCAAUGGCCCAGUUCAGGCUCCAGAUUCCACAGCAGAACCGACUCCUGCUCCCAGUCUGGAAGGAAAAGCUGGGAAUGAGGUUGCCUCUCAAAACGAAAACAGCACAGACGAAGGUUCUGAGAAGGCAGACCCUUCAUCAGGAUCAAAUAGUCCCUCGUCGUCUUCAUCUGAAGACUCAGACUCUUCGGAGGAGGACUAACCCUUACAGAACCUGCACUUAAAUUAUAUUCGAAAACUUUAUUAUUAUUUUUUAUUUUUUUUGGAACCUCCUUCUGCCUACAAUUAUUUUAAUUGUAAAUAUCUGUGUUACAAAUGCAUCAAAUGAUUUUCCAGAACAGGUGGACAUUUUAGCAUUUGUUCUGAAAAUGCAAAGGGCGUUUUAUGAAAACGUUUUGCAUGUAAUACUCUCACAGAGAUAAACUUGUAAUGUAAUAUAAAAAAAACAAAAAUACACACCGUGCUGUAAGAAGAUUAUAGCAAAAGGCAUUAAUUUUGUUUGAGGGAAGUCUGGGGUAAUUUUAUGGAAAAAUUAAAAAAAGAAAAAAAAAAAAAGAUAAAGGCAGCCUUGCUCUGUAAGAGCCGUAUAUAAAUAAUAUAUUUGCAGUGAAACACAGAAUCCUCUAAGUAUAUUGUGGUUUUCAUUUCUACCUUUUAGUUUUUACAAUUUCUUCAUGAGUUUCAUUUACAGAAUUUAGCAAUAAUUUUGGGCAGUUUACGAAUGUUGUGAAAAUGUUUUGGCAGCCCUGUUUUUAUUUCACCUUAAAGGGAAAUUAUCAUGAAAAUUGUAUUUUAAUUAUUAUUUUUUUGUUUGUUUUUGUAAGUUAUGAUAGCAGCAUUUAGUCUACUGGUACAGCAAAAAUGAGCAUUAUGGAUAUUUAUUUACAUAUUAUUAAUCUGGAAUAUACACUUUGACUCUAAAAGAGCCUUGUUUCUGCCUCCCCUUAAUGAAAGCACAAAGGUUAGAUGCUGCCGAAUGCCUAUGGCCUGCUCAAACUUAUAGCACUAUCUGCUAAUUAUGGAUUAUAUAAACCCACACAUUGUUCAGUUACAGAGUAAAGUGAUCGCCAUAAAGGGAGAGACGAGAACUGUAAAGUGACCAUAGCUAACGUCAUGCCAUGAAUGAGAAAAUAAAAAAUAUAUUAUAUUUUGCAAA